AUGGACAAUAACCCUGACGGAGGUGAAAAUCCAGAUUUCUUCCUUUUGGAAGACAAAUUAGCAAAAAUCCGUACACAGAUCAAUUCCAAGCUUGAAAACCAAAAGAACUUGGCGAUCAUUUUAUCUGCUAUUGAAGAAAACAUAGAAGAGCAAAAGAAUGAGAAGACACCUGUAGCUUAUUUCGUUUCAUUCUUGUCAGUAUUGGAUCAGUGCGUUUCAGAAGACAAGAUACUUGAUGUUGGAUUAGCCACAUCAAUUUCAUAUUUUUUGGACUUGGUUUUCCCAUUCACACCAAAGGGUAUAUUGAGAUCUAGGUUCAGUGAAAUCUUGACCAAAUUGGCACCUUCUUUGUCAAACCCUGACGCUGAAGCACCUUUAGUUAGAUCUACCAUCGGUGCCUUGGAAAGCUUGUUAUUGGCCCAGGACAAUCAACAAUGGUUAAACAUGAGUAAUAGUAACACUAUUUCACCAAAGAGAGCUCUUGUUGGUUUACUUGAACUCUCCUUUGACCCAAGGCCAAAGGUUAGAAGAAGGGCCCAAGAUUCGAUCAAGAACUUGUUGCUGAACCCUCCUCCUUCCCCAUCUCCUAUACAUGCUGCUUCUAAUAUGUGUGCCGAGUUAGCCAUGAACAGGUUGACCCAAUUGAUGAAAGAGAGAAUGAUCACUAAGAACAAGAAGAAUGAAAAUAAUAACAGUGUCAUAAUUCAUAACUUACAAUUAAUUUCUGCUAUUACGUCCGCCAAUGCUUGGCCAUCUGCAUAUAUCAGCAAUCUUUGUGAUAUUCUCCUUGAAGUAUCUAAAACAUCAGACCAAUAUUUGGUUUCGCUGGCAUUCUCAGCAUUUGAAGGGCUCUUUGAAUCAAUGUCCAACGAAAUUGAUAUCGAAAGGUUUACUAACGUUCUUGAUGUCAUUUUCGAUUUAAAACCUUCUGUGAACGACUCGCACUUGGCUGCAUCGUGGUUGGCAGUUAUUGCCAAGGCGUUGGAAAGUUUUGCAAAGUUGUCUCCUAAGGAAUGUAUUGAAAGAAUUCCUCAAAUUUUUCCAAUUGUUACAUCAUUCUUAUCAUCUGAAGUCAAAGACAUUUACGUAUCAGCUUCUCAAUGUUUAAUUGCUAUCAUAACUCAAACCAUCCCAUCUGAAUAUCUCUUACAACCUACCUCAACAAACGGCAUUACUAAUGAGAUCUAUGAAUUAGUAGAUGAUGUUAUUUCCUUUUUAGCUGAGCAUACCCAAAAGGAAUUGUUAUCUGUGAAAUACCAGCAUGCAACUUUAGAAAUCUUGGAAUUCCUCACUGCUGUGAUCUUUAAGUUACGUACUAGAAGUAAUCCUGAUUUCUUAGAAAGCAUCCAAAUUGUUGGUGAUUGGAGAACAAAUGAAAAGGAUUCUUUCCCACAUAACAAGCAGGCCGAAGACUUAAUUAGCGCUGGGAUUUCUGAAUUAGGCCCUGACGUUAUAUUAUCGAUUCUCCCAUUAAACUUGGACAGUAAGGGCCAAGGUCAAACUGGUAGAGCUUGGUUGUUACCACUAUUAAGAGAAAACGUACGUUUUGCCAACUUGAAUUUCUAUAAGACUGAUAUCUUACCUUUGGUUGAACUUUACGAUUCCAAGAUUAACUCUGAAGGCGUCUCAGCAAUCCAUAGUAAGAUUUUUCAAACCAUUGUUGACCAAGUUUGGUCGUUGUUACCACACUUCUGUGAUUUGCCAAAAGAUUUAACAGUGGCUUUUGACGACAAAUUUGCAGCUCAAUUAUCUGACUUAAUGUACAGUAAGGUUGAAUUGAGAGUGCCUGUCUGUCAUGCUUUAAAGCUUUUGGUAGAAUCUAACUUAGCAUACAGCGAAGGUGCUUUGGCUGAUGACUUAUUGAUUCAGGAAGAAUUGACAAUUGAACAGUCAAAGAAGAACUUACAAUACUUAGGUACUAAGGCAGGUAAUAUUUUAAGUGUUUUGUUCAACGUAUUUUCGUCCACUGUUCCAGGUUCUAGAAACUUUGUCUUGGAAACUAUCGACGCUUAUUUGCAAAUUGUUCCAAAGACGGACUUGGAAGCUACUUUCAAUAAGGUUUGUGGUUUAUUGAAGAACGCUAUGGACGAAGAAGCUGCUGCUUCUGCUAGAUCUAGUGGUAAGCAAAAGGAAAAGAAGGGUGGUGAAGAAACCAAGCUUAGUGCAACCAUGUUAGAUUUGGUAGUUGCCAUGAGUAAAUAUGUUCCUCAAAGUUCCCACAAUGCUCUUUUUGCUAUAUUUUCUACUACAGUUUCACUUCCAAAUGAUUCUCUUCUUCAAAAAAGAUCUUAUAGAAUCAUUUCUAGGCUCAUGGAAUCUGAAAUUGGAACUCAAUCAAUUCUUCAAUUUAUUUCAAAUAUUGAAGAAGUUUUAGUUAACACUACAGAAACAACUCACACUUCUGCUAGAUCUUCAAGAUUGUCUGCUAUGCAUUCUAUUUUGACUGUCUUACCAUCCACCGAUUUGCAUUUCAUUCCAGCUAUUUUACAAGAAAUUAUUAUGUCAACCAAGGACGUGAACGAAAAAACUAGAGAAUUAUCGUAUCAAAUUUUAAUUCAAAUGGGUCACAAGAUGGAGCUUGGUGGUGUUAUCGAAAAUGGUAAGGUCCCAGGUUUUGACCCUGCCACUCCAUCCUCGGAAGCCUCUUUAACUGAAUUCUUCACAAUGGUAAGUGCCGGGUUAGCUGCUCAGACUCCUCAUAUGAUUUCUGCUACUAUUACUGCUGUUUCUUGUCUCGUUUUCGAGUUUAAAGAUAAGUUGCCUACUGAAGUCUUGUUAGAGAUUUCUUCCACAGUCGAAUUGUUUUUAACUCAUAAUUCAAGGGAAAUUGCUAAAUCUGCCAUUGGUUUCGUUAAGGUGGAAGUUUUGUCAUUGCCAGAAGAUAUCGUUAGAGCAAACUUAAACGAGUUGUUGGCCAAAUUAAUGAGAUGGUCGCAUGAACAUAAGGGACAUUUCAAGUCUAAAGUAAAGCACAUCUUGGAAAGAUUAAUUAGAAAAUUUGGAAUUGAAACUGUUGAGCAAGCCAUUCCUGAGGAUGAUAGAAAAUUAGUUGCCAAUAUCAAGAAGAGUAGAAACAGAGCAAAGAGAAGAGAAGAUGAAGAAGAAGGUGCUGCUGAAGGUGCUGGUAAGUCAGCAUUUACUUCCGCUUACGAAGAAGCCUUAUAUGAUUCAGAUGAUUCAGAUGAUGAUGAACAACAACCUUCUGAAGCUACAAAGGGUAAGAAGGCCAGUCAAUUUAUUUUAGAAACUGGUGAUGAACCAUUGAAUUUAUUAGAUCGUCAAGCCUUAGCACAUAUUUCAUCAUCUAAACCUAAGAAGUUUGGAAAGAAGGAUCUUGCAUCCAAGAUGAAGACUCAAGAUGGUAAAUUUGUGUUCAGAGAGGGUAAGGAAGAAGAGGAUCCUUUGGCCAGAGGUGGAUCGGGUAUCGAUGCUUAUGUUGAUGCUAUAAAACAAGCUCCAGUUAGGGGUCAAAGAAAUAAAAUGAAAUAUAAGAAGUCUAGUAAGGAAGAAGUCGACUGGUCUGAUGAUGAAGGGGAAGCCAAGAAGCAGCCAUCCAAAAAGUUUUUGGGUAAGGGAAGUAUUUCUAAGCCAAAGCAAAAGUUUAAGGCUAGAAAGAAGCUUUAA